ACAUUGUAGAAUUUCUUUAUAUUAGAUUUAGAUCAUGUAAAAAUGGAAUUUAUUCAAUAAAAAAAUUAGAAAUAUAUUUUUGUAAAUAAACAACCCAAAAGCGUAUCUCUUUCUCUCUCUCUGCCAUCUCCGGUCUCACUCCGUCGUCGGCCCAUCAUUCAAAGAAGCCUUCGUUCAGUGAAACAGCGCCGCCGAAAAUUCCAGGGAGGAGCCACCGUCUCUUCUUCCUUCUCACCACGUCCGGUGUGUUUCUUGCUUAUUGAGAAUAUUUCUCUUAAAGAGCUGGCCUAUUUGGUAUGGUAGUUCUUGAGACACAUGUGUGCUGCUAGCUAAGGUACUUUCAAUUGAUGAAUCUCAACAUCUGCAAAACUUCUUGGUCAGAAUAAUCCCAGAGGAAAAGCUUCUUCAGCAGGAAACAUUUUCAACAAAAAUUCCAUCAAAGAACGAAGACAGUAAAGAGAGAUCUAAGGAAGAAAGAAGAGGAAAAAUGGAAGAACCCAAAAAGUUACCGAAGCAGCAAUCCAAGGAUCCUUUUGAAGCGGCCUUUGAGGAAGAGCAAGAACACAAUCAAGAGGAGGAUGAAGAAGACCUUGGUGGAGCUGGUACUGGUGCUACUGAUCCCUCUACAGCUGUUUCUCGCGAAGACGAUGACAAGGAUAGAGAUGGCGAUAGAGACAGAGACAGAGACAGAGGACCAUCUUCUUCAUCCAUGGCAUUGACUGCUGCUCUGCCACCAAUUCCUCGGAAGAAGAGAGAAGAUGAUGACGAGGAAGAGGAGGAGAAUGUGGAGGUUGAGCUUGAAAAGUUUCCUUCUGCCUCCGACCCUCAUAAAAUGGCCAAGAUGCAAGCUAUUCUUUCCCAAUUCUCUGAGGAACAGAUGAGUCGUUAUGAGUCCUUCCGCAGAGCUGGAUUUCAGAAAUCUAACAUGAAAAGGUUGUUAACUAGCAUCACUGGAACCCAGAAAAUAUCUGUGCCUUUGACCAUUGUUGUAUCUGGUAUUGCAAAGAUGUUUGUUGGUGAACUUGUUGAAACAGCUAGAAUUGUUAUGAGUGAGAGGAAAGAAUCUGGACCAGUGAGGCCUUGCCACAUUAGAGAAGCUUAUAGAAGGUUAAAGAUGGAAGGGAAAGUACCAAAGAGAUCUGUUCCAAGGCUCUUUCGCUAGCUUGUCACAGCUCAUUCUCUAGGUUCUUUAACCACUUUUGUAUGUGAGUGUUUUACUUUAGGUUGUUUUGAUGCUCUUGUACUUACAUUUCUAUGUCAUUUAAUCAAUAGUAGCACCGAAACUGCAAUAGGCAAAAUUGAAAAAGAGCAGAAUUAAAAUGUAUUCUUUUCAAAGUUGGCACAUCACAUGGAUUGGAAGCCAUGUAAUUGCUCUUCAUAAAACUGAGGCAAACAAAGCUCAUUGUGGUUGAGUUUUCAA